GUCAUGCUGUAUUAUACAAAAACAGAAAAUUUACAUAAAAGAUUUAACUUUAUUUAUUGCACUCUUACUGAGUAUACAGUGAUUUGUACAAAAUUUUUAAUUAAUUCUAGGAAGAUAAAUUUUAUUACUUCUUCAAUAUUGGAAUCGAACUAAAAUGAAUCACGUGAUUUUUCAAUUUUUGCAUGUGCUUAGUUUCAUAUAUCUCAUGAACUCGUUGAAUAAUGAGUACGAUGUGGGAGAUGAUGAAAUUAUACAAACUUUAGGUGUUGACUAUAAAAAUAGAAUAAAUGAACAAUGCAUAUGCAUUUCAAAAAUUAAAAAUAUUGAAAAUACUAUGAAUGAUAAAAAUAAAUGUGAAAUUGACAUUCCUAAGCAUGUCAAUGAAGAAUUUAUAAUAUUUUUGAGGCAAGGUACGAUAGAAAAAUUCUAUACGAAUGUAACAAACUUGGUAUGUACGAAUGAAAACAAAAAAGAUUAUCACACCAAAGUAAGAGAUUGUUUAAGACUAUUCUAUAAAAAUGUGCUCCGGUUAGGAAAUAAACGUUUAUCUAUUAGAAUUGCCGAAGUUAUGAAUAAAAUGUUGUUUGAUGAGGAUUGAAUAAAAUAAAAUCCCAAGUCUAAAACUGCAAAAAUUAGUUAAACUUAAUCAAUCACUUAUUUUCAAUUACGUUAUUUCAAAAUGUUGUCUAAAAUAUAAUUUAUUAUAAUAUAAUAGUUUAUUUAAAAAAAUAAAAUAAUUGUUGAUUAA